CUUGUUGGACACUGAGACUAACAUGAUUGUUUCGAUUUCUAAUGCUUGUUCGGAAAUUCGCAUUCUGAUCGCUUGAGAUAAUGGGUGUCGUGCAGGUGAGACGUCGGAAGUGGAUAUACAGAAUCGCUAGAUCCGAUCAUCAACCACCACGAUCUUUAGAUGUUCAGUUUGCUCCGAACUGCGAAGCUCAACAUGGUGUGAUAAAUAGCAAGCUCGCCUUCUGUUGCAUUAGGCACAGUUCUUAGAAUCAUUUCUCAUCCCAUAGAGUCCUUUUCCAACACCAUGACGGCACCUAAGCACCUCCAGAUCGGUGUGUUCUUUCCUAAGUCUGUUCAACUGCUGGACCUUUCUCCCAUUGACCUUUUGGCGAUGAUGAGUCCGGAGUAUUUAUGCGCUUGCCAACUCCCUGAGCCUCUUAUCGCCCUUGGGAUUCCUUCCACGAUCCACUACAUCUCGGUUCCAGAGAAUGGAGGUCACGUCGAGUUGACGGCCAGCGCAAUAUUGAAAGUGUCCAAGACUAUCGAUGACCCGGAGGUCCAGGCUGGUAAAUUGGACAUAAUUUUAGUUCCUGGUCCUGAUCCAGCGUCAAUAUUCGAAGAGCCAGCUCUCGAAUUCCUCCGGAGUCAUGCAUACUGGAAAAGUGCGGAAGGGAAAGCAGUGGACAUUUUAAGUGUCUGCACAGGAGCUAUCCUCUUAGGGCAGUCCGGAAUCUUGAAGGGAAAGAAAGCCAGCGGCCCAAGAGCUUUGGUACCUAAGAUGAGAAAAACGUUUCCUGAAGUAGACUGGAAUGACAACAAGCGGUGGGUACAUGAUGGAAAUAUCUGGUCUAGUGGAGGAAUUACUAACGGCCAAGAGAUGGUCGCCUUCUACAUGAGGGAGAAGUUCCCAGGACCAGCAACAGAAGCGGCUAUCGACAUGGCAGGAGUUGGGGACAAGGGAGUGGACUACACGAAGGGCAAGACCUCGACCACACUGUGGUGGUUGUGGCAGAUUUUAAAGGCAGUGAUGAUUGGAAGAAGCAAGCAAAAGGAA